AUGACAUCCUACUCUUCUCAAGAAACAUUAGCAUUGAGUUUAGAAAAUACAAAGAAAUGGCUGUUAAACGACCAUAGUGAUACGGAAUCAUUUAUAGAUUCUGUAGAUGAAUCCAGUGUUUGUGAAUCAGCAACUACCGAAGAUGACGAUGGAAAUUAUAGAAAUGUUUCCGAAUUGCUUGCAAGUGAAAAUAUAACAAAUUUGGAGAGAAUUUUUAGUCAGUUGCCAUCGCCUUCCUUUGGCGAUAUUAGCAUAAAUAACUCCUCAAAUGUGGUAGUGGGUAACAUUGUUAAGAUUAAAGGUGAUCUUAUAGUAAAACUUGAUCACAAUAGCGACUAUCAAAAAAGGGAGAAUAUAACAAAGCAAAACAGUGACACUGAAAAUAAAAAUAUAAUUUUAAAAUCCGUGACUAAUGAUACGACGAAUACGUCAGAUCUAAUAAUAACCCGGAACUGCUGGUCAACAAUAGAACCUGCAGAGGAGCAUCUUUACUUGGAAGAACCAACUGAAUUUGUUAUUAUAUGUCAUACUGCUUCGAAUAGCUCCAACGAUAAGCUGACAAAUAUCAAUAUUAUUCAAAGUAUACAGGCUUAUCACAUUGGCCUAGAAUAUGGCGAUAUAGGAUAUAACUUUUUAAUUGGAUGCGAUGGAAAUGUAUACGAAGGCCGAGGUUGGGGUAUUGUCGGUGCCCAUACAUAUCGUCAUAACAAAAAAUCGAUUGGUAUAGCAUUUAUUGGAAAUUUUAUGCUUAAAUUACCGACUGAAAAGGCAUUGGAGGCAUGUAAGAAAUUGCUACAAAUAGGUGUUGAUGGCGGUCAUCUGGCUAAGGAUUUUAAAUUAAUGGGCCACAAACAGUGUAUUUGUUCCGAAAGUCCAGGAAAGAAAUUAUUUGAUGAAAUUAAAACAUGGGAACAUUUCUAUGAUAUAAGUAAUUAG